CAACACUCGGACUCCGAUUACAACAAAUUGAUCCGUAGCAGCUCCCGAGAUGUCGAACAAUAAGGAAUACAGUUCUGUCAAGCUCAGCAAGGUCCAGGCCAAUGACCUGGCCGUGGUGGUUUCUCGCAUGCAGAAAAAUGCCGACCAGGUGGAGAAGAACAUCCUGAAGGUGGAGGGGCUGCUGAUUGUGGACGCGGAGCGCGACGCCAAGAAGCAGCCGCUGACGCACCAGAAGGAGAACGCCGAGAACCUGGCGCAGGCCGAGGGGCUGCUGAAGGACCUCUUCAUGGACGCCGACAAGGCCAACAAGUUGCAUCACCCGCAGGCCUUCGAGAUAGAGAGAGACGUGAAGAACCUCCACGACCGUUGGGUGAAGGACUGCACCACCUACCGGGAGCUGUACACCAAGGCGCUCGUGUUGGACCUGAUUCCAAAGAUCGGCUGGGCUCCUCUGCUGGAGGAGAAGCUGAGCCAGGUGAAGGCGGGCGGCUACGGGCCCAACCUGGCGGACGUGGAGAAGCAGACGGCGGUGCACAACAUCCUGCACCAGGAGAUCGAGGCCUACAGCGCCCAGCUGAAGCCCGGCACCACGGCCUCCAAGGAGCAGUACGGCGCCCUCAAAGACAAGUACACGGAGCUUCAUGAGAGCUCCCAGCAGAGGCGCAACAAGCUGGCCUCGCUGUACGAGUACGUGCAGAGCUGCAGCAAGGAGCUGGUCUACCUGUCGGGCCAGCAGGAGAGGAUCCUCCAGAGGGACUGGAGCGACCGCAUGGCCGACCCCCCGGGCGUCCGCAUGGAGUACGAGAAAUUCAAAAACAGCGGCCUGCUCGCCCACGAGAGUGAGAUCAACAAGCUGCAGGAGGUCGGAGAUCGUCUGUUGGAGGCCAAACACCCCGGCAGCGCCACCGUAAAGGCGCACAAAGACGGCGUGCAGAGCGAGUGGCAGUCGUUCCUCAACUUGUGUCUGGCUCAGGAAACGCACCUGGACAACAUUGAAGACUACAAGAAGUUCCAGCUGGACGCGGAGAUGCUGUCCGAGUCCCUGGAGCGGCUGAACUCCUGCAUGCACCCCAAGGCUCUGGCCGAGAAGAGCAACACGCAGGUGCUGCUGGCGCUGGAGGGAGACGCUCCUGCGGUCAAGAGGAACGACCAGCGCCUGGCGUCCCUCCGGGAGCUCAGCAGCAUCAUCGUGCCUCUGAAGCUCCGCCGGCUGAAGCCCGCCUCGGGCACCGCCGCGGUGUCGCUGUGCGACUGGGCCGACACGGUGGCCAAGGACACGGUGAGGCGCGGCGAGGUGCUGAGCCUGAGGUCAAACUCCGACAGUAAGAACUGGGAGCUUCAGAGCAGCAACGGGAAGACCCGGACCCUCCCCGGGGCGUGCUUCAUGGUCCCGCCGCCCGACGCUGAGGCACUGGAGGAAGUGGACAGUCUGGACAGAGCGCUGACGGACCUAAAGAGCCGUAGAGCUGCACUAAUGGCCUCCUUGAAGAGCCCCGCUGUGGAGGUGGUGCGCCCCCAGAAGGCAGCCGUCGUCCAAAGUGCUCCGGACGAUCCCAGAGCCGCCAAGCUCGCCGGGGGACUGGACGAGCUCAACGCGGCCCUGGACCGGAGCGAGAGGGAAGUCCUGAGUCGGCUCAGAGCGCCGCUGGACAACCGCAACCCCACACAGGACCUGGCCAAGAGACUGCAGGAGCAUGAGAAAACUGCGUUGACUGUGAGGAAGCUGGAGGCUGAGAAGUUUGCGAUCCAGAGGGAGAUGGAUCCUCUUCUGGCCGCGAAGACCCCGGGACCCAUCGCCUGCACGCUGCCGCUCAAACUCAGCACUGCCAGCAACAAGAUUGACAACAUCAACACCCUCGUUGAUCUUUACCAAAAAAAAGCGACGGCCUCUAUGUUCCUGGAGAAGCAGAAGCACAAUGUGGAAGGCAUCGUCUCCGGGUUGGAGGACAAGCUCGCUAAAGAUGGCGCCAUUCUCGACGAACCGAACGCCCUCCCGGACCGCCACCAGGCGCUGCAGCUUACGCGUAAAGACGCCGCCGCAAAAAAGGGCGAUUUGAAUAAUUUGGGCAGCGACUUUGACCAGACGGAGCAAGCGUGCAGGACCUUACAGCAGAGCUUCAACGAAUACUGUCCGGACAUCCGCCGCCAGGAGAGCGAGGUGAAACGUCUGAGGAGCCGUUACGCAAACGUCAACAAUCAGCUCCAGGACAGGUCUGCUCUCGUAAAGGAAGCGACCAAUAAGAACCAAGAUUUCCAGACUGCUGCUCAGUCACUGGAUUUCUUCCUGGUAAAUUUGCCCAAUAAUUCGGUCAAACCUACAGACGACGUAGCUCAGAUCACAGCCAAGCAGAACACUCAGAAGAAAAUCGUCGAAGACAUCAAGAAGAAAUCUGGCGAUUUGGACCAAGUUCAGCAUCUCUCCCGCGAUCUGCAGGGCGCUUUGAAUGAGUACGGCGUGAAGUCGAACACUUACAAGAGCACUCUGAAGGAUGGUGACGAUGACGACGAUGAUGAUGAUGACACUGAUGAGCCUGUUCUGAAGAAACGUCAGACUUCAACUAUGACUCAGGCUGUACAGAGAAAGGAGCAAGAUCUGCUGAACCUUUUCUCUGAGGUGUCUGCAGAAAACAACCAACUUCUCAACCAGUUGGAGACGGUGAAGAACAUCAAAGCCAUGAAUGAAGAUAAAGUCAGUCAGGUGGUGGUCCAUCAGCAGCUGCAGAUACAGAGCCAGAAGAAGGACUUGGAGAAGAGUGAUAUUCUGAAAAGGGAAUUAAAUGAUGAGAUUGAAAGGCACUCACACGCUGAAAGAGAGCUGGAAACUUACCGUAAGAGGUUUGUGUCUCUGAAGAACCGGAGAGGGGUGGAGAGGUUGGAGGAGAAGGAGGUGGUGCAAUACUACCGUGACCCCAAACUGGAGGGGGAAAUCAAGUCCUAUAAAGAUCGGAUCCAGGAUGAAACAUCGAAAAGGUCAAGUACCAAUUCAGAGAUAGAAGUUAUACAUGAUAGGAUUAUCAAGGUAAAAUCUCAGCUGAUAAAAACCGAACCGAAACUGGUGACCAAGUUAACGUUUGAAUACGAGAGAGACCCACAGCUUGACAAAGACGCCGUCAAAAUGAGGGAAGAGAUGCGCCAGAUACAACUGGAUCUCCAAACGAAAGAUACUGAGGCAAUUCACGUGAAAACUGAGCUCACGGUUCUGUCUCGGCAGAAACCAAAGAUCAGGGAGACGAUCGUUAAGAAGGAAGUGGUGAGGCUUGAAAAGGAUCCGGAGAUGCUGAAAGCUGUUCUCACUUUCCAAGGGCAUAUCUCGGAGGAGGAGCUCCGGUCCAAGGCGCUAAACGAUAGCGUCUUUAGCACAAGGAGUCAGAUAAACACACUCGAGAGGAUCAUUCCCACCAUCCAACCCAAGAUCGUCACCAAGGUGGUGAAGCAAGUGCAGCAAGAUAAAGAAAUGGUGGAAGAGUCGAAGAAACUACGAGUGGCCUUGGAGGAGGAGAAGGAUGAGAACGCAAUCUUGAUGCAAGACCUGACCAACUUGCAUCUACACUACAGUGAGGUGGAUAAGCUCAGGCCGAAAGUUGAGGUCAAGGAGAUCCUCAAUGAGAUCUACAGAGUCGAUCCUGGCACAGAAGUCGAGCUGGUGCGCCUGAAGAAAGUGCUGCAAGAUUCCAGCCGCAACUGCGUAGACCUGGAACUCGACAUCAAGACACUGAUAAUGACGCUGACUACCCUGCGUGCUCAGAAACCCAAAAUAGAGUACAAAGAGGUGACCCAGGAGGUGAUCAAAGAAGAGAAGAGCCCGGAGGUCGCCAGGGAAUUGCAAAGGCUAAGCAACCAAGCCUCCCGUCUGCUAGUCAACCACGAAACCACCCUGGAGCUGCUGUAUCGCCUCCGUAAAGAAAGGGACGAGCUGAAGGUCGAAAAAUCCAAGGUGGAGACAAAGCUGGUCACUAAAGAGCUCAUCAGAUAUGAAAACGACCCUCUUCUUGAGAAAGAGGCCGACAGAGUUCGGAAGAAUGUCCGAGAAGAGAUUCAACAACGUCGCAAUGUGGAGGAGUUGCUGUUCGACCUCCAGAACCAGUUCAUUGUCCUUGAAAGGCAGAAGCCCGAGGAAAAGAUUGUCAUGCAGGAAAUGGUGCGUCUCCAGAAGGACCCCAAGCAGGUACUGGAGCAUGAAAAGUUGAACAAGAACCUGGACGACGAAAUGAAGAGUCGCAGAAAGUUUGAAUUGGAGGUCAGACACCUCAGAGCCCUGCUUCAAGACAAAGAGACGACCCUGGCUCAGAUGGACGACCGGCAGAAGAAGAUUCAAGUGGAGACCGAGCUGAGGCAGAUCAAGUCUCGCAUUCUUGAUCUGGAAAACUCUCCGUCGCCCGUUGAUGAAUAUAUUGUCAUCGAGGAGAUCCUGAAAGUGGAGAGGGACCCUCAGCUGGAGAAACUUACAGAUGGUCUACGCCUCGACCUGGAGAAGGAGAGCAAUAAUAUCAUUCGUCUGGAGAGAGAAACCCGCAACCUGAGGAUCCAGCUGGAGAUUCUACAAAAAGAGAAGUCCAUCGAGAAGGUUGUUUACCGAGAGGUCGUUCGCGUGGAGCCCGAUCCGGCGGUGGAGGCUGAAAGGGAACACCUUAGAGAGAUUGUGACGCAGCAGAGGAAUCUCAGGCGCGACGUGGAGGAGAGCACUCAGAGCAUCCUCAUCCGACUCGCUCACCUGCAGUCGUCGCAGUCUGUAACGACUCAGGAGGAGGCCAUUCUCCUCGCCAACAAAGACGCCCUGCAGAAAGAGAAGGAGGAUACGCUCAGGCAGCUCAAAACGCUCGAGUCUCAAAGGCAUACCAUCAGCAUGACGUUUCAGCAGCAGUCAAAGUUGCUGAGUGAGAGAAACCAGAACGUACGGCAAAGGAGUCUCAAAACCUCCACGGAGGUGCAGAGGCUGGAGAAGGACAUCCUCAAGGAGAAAGACAAAUUGCACCAGAGAGACACGCUCAUCAUGGAGCUGAGGAGCAACAUCCAGAAGGACGACCACUCGGAAACUCACACCAGGGAGACAAAUCUAUCCACGAAGAUCACCAUCCUGGAUCCAGAGACGGGGAGAGACAUGUCUCCCUAUGACGCCUACAUGCAGGGGCUAAUCGAUCGCAAGAACUACAUUCACCUGGCGGAGUUGGAGUGCGACUGGGAGGAAAUCACCUCAACUGGGCCAGACGGGGAUAUAACAAUUCUUCAGGAUCGUAAAAGUGGGAAACAGUCCUCCAUCAAGGACGCUCUGAGGAGCGGCCGCUUGACCCAGUAUGACGUGUCGCGCUACAAGGAUGGAAAAAUCUCCAUUGCCGAGUUUGCCCUUCUUGUUGUCGGCGAUACCAGGAGGCCCAUCGUUCCUCCGAUACCAAUCCCAAUCCCAAGAUCACCCACCAGAGCCACCCCGAGCAGUCCCAUGAGCUCCAUGCCACCCUCCCUGAGGUCCUCCUACACCAACCUCCACACUCAAUACAGUGGCAGUCAGAACAACCUCAGUGGCAGUCUUAGCAACCUCAGUGGCAGUCUUAGCAACCUCAGUGUCCAAUCGUCAGCAGGUGACGAGUAUUUCCCCAUCUCUGGUGUUUUCGACACCACCACCGAAAGCCGCAUGUCCGUCCGAAGUGCCCUGACCCGCAAACUCAUCGACCCCGACACGGCGCUGAAGCUGCUCGAGGCUCAAGCGGCCUCCGGGGGAAUCGUCGAUCUCUCCAUGAAGGACAAACUGUCCGUCCACAAGGCAGCCGAACGCGGUCUCAUCGACUCGGCUGACAUGUACAAGCUUCUGAACGCCCAGAAGGCCUUCACUGGAGUUGAGGAUCCCAUGACCAAAGACCGUCUCGCGGUGGGACAGGCUGCCAAGAAAGGGUACAUCCCCCUAGAGAAUGCCAAGAGGUACAUCGAGGCGCAGUACCUGACCGGUGGGCUUGUGAAUCCGGCUAAAGCUGGCCGCCUAACGGUCAAAGAAGCUCUCGCCGGUGAUAUUAUCGACAGCGCGAUGGCGGAGGAGCUGCAGGAUGAAGCGUCCCACAAAAAGGAGCUGGUAGACCCCAUUUCUAAAGAGAAGAUAUCGUACAAGCAGGCGAUGGAUAGGUGUCAGAAAGACAAAAGCACGGGCCUCCUGCUGCUCCCCGCAGCCUCGACCGAUGGCCUGAACUCCCCGUCGUACUCAAACUAUCGUUUCAAUUCCUACAAUAAAUACUAGAUGUCAACUUUAAGAUGUUUUAUUUGAUGCAGCUACCGGUGCUGCAGGGUGUUUGCAAGUGUUUGUAAGUGAUUCACAGACGUACAAAAAGCUAUACACGUGGAUCAGAAUGUUUUUUUUUAAAGGGCUAUUUUGGGGUCUGCUGUAAAAAUGAGGGUAAUGUUUUAUAUCUCAAAUUGUUUUUCAGCUCUCAAGCUAAAUCCUUUGUUGGUGCUUAUUAAACGCCAUAAGCCUCA